AUUAAAGCAGAUAAAAGAGAGAAAAAGAUGGCAGCAAAGAGGACCCAAACUGAUACCAUUCUGAAUGGCCACUUUAAAUUUAAUAAUGAACAUCUAAUUAUUCCAACAAUAUAUAUUAUGUUUCUGGAUUUGAAUAAAAAUGGUCAAAGUAUGUUUGGGCUUGAUGUCAUUGAAACACCAGAAGGAGACAAGAAGCCACAGCUAAUUGUUCAAAAGGAGUUAGAUAGAGAAGAGAAGGACACAUAUGUAAUGAAAGUAAAGGUUGAAGAUGGUGGCUUUCCUCAAAGAUCCAGUACUGCUAUUUUGCAAAUAAAUGUUGCUGACACAAAUGACAACCACCCAGUAUUCAAGGAGAAUGAGAUUGAAGUCAGUAUACCAGAAAAUGCUCCUGUAGGUACUUCAGUAACACAACUCCAUGCCACAGAUGCCGACAUAGGUGAAAAUGCCAAGAUUCACUUCUAUUUCAGCAAUCUAGUCUCCAACAUCGCCAAGAAACUAUUUCACCUGAACAACAACACCGGACUUAUCACAAUCAAAGAACCACUGGAUAGGGAAGAAUCACCAAACCAUAAGUUACAGGUUUUAGCAAGUGAUGGUGGAUUGAUGCCAGCAAGAGCAAUGGUUCUAGUAAAUGUUACAGAUAUCAAUGACAAUGUCCCAUCAAUUGACAUAAGAUACAUCAUUAAUCCAAUCAAUGGUACUGUGAUUCUUUCAGAAAAUGCUCCACUUAACACCAAAAUUGCUCUCAUAACUGUGACAGAUAAAGAUGCUGACCAUAAUGGCAGGGUGACAUGCUUCACAGAUCACGAAGUCCCUUUCAGAUUAAGGCCAGUGUUCAGUAAUCAGUUCCUCCUGGAGACUGCUGCAUAUCUUGACUAUGAGUCCACAAGAGAAUAUGCCAUUAAAUUGCUAGCUGUAGAGGCUGGAAAACCUCCUUUGAAUCAAUCAUCCAUGCUCCUUGUCAAAGUCAAAGAUGAAAAUGACAAUGCUCCAGUUUUCACCCAGCCUUUUAUAAGUCUUUCUGUUCCUGAGAAUAACUCUCCUGGCACCAAGUUGACAAAACUAAGUGCAGUGGAUGCAGACAGUGGGCACAAUGCUGAAAUCAAUUAUCUUCUAGGUGUUGACGCUCCAUCUGAAUUCAACCUGGAUCAUCGUACAGACAUUCUAACUGCAGGGAAGAAACUAGAUAGAGAGAAACAAGAAAAAUAUUCCUUCACAGUUCUGGCAAAAGAUAAUGGGAUACCAUCCUUCAUGACCAAUGCCACAGUCUUACUGACCAUUCUUGAUCAGAAUGAUAACAGUCCAAUUUUUACUCACAAUGAGUACAACUUCUAUGUCCCAGAAAACCUUCCAAGACAUGGCACAGUAGGACUAAUCACUGUAACUGAUCCUGAUUAUGGAGAAAAUUCUACAGUCACCCUCUCUAUUUUAUAUGUGAAUGAUGACUUCACCAUUGAUCCUCAAACUGGUGUUAUCCAACCAAAUAUUUUGUUUGACAGAGAAAAGCAAGAAUCUUAUACUUUCUAUGUAAAGGCUGAGGAUGGUGGUAAGGUAUCACAUUCUUUAACUGCCAAAGUGACAAUAAAUGUGGUUGAUGUCAAUGACAACAAACCAGUUUUUGUUGUCCCUUCUUCCAACAACUCCUAUGAAUUGGUUCUACCAUCCACUAAUCCAGGCACAGUGGUCUUCACAGUAGUUGCUAUUGACGAUGACACUGGCAUGAAUGCAGAGCUUCAUUACAACAUUGUAGGAGGAAACACAAAAGGUCUAUUUAUAAUUGACCAAACAACAGGCAACAUAACACUGAAGGAGAAAUGUGUUGUUACAGACCUUGGUUUACACAGACUGGUAGUCAAAGCUGAGGACUUAGGACAACCUGAUUCUCUCUUCAAUGUUGUAAUUGUUAAUCUAUUUGUGAAUGAGUCAGUGACCAAUGCUACACUGAUUCAUGAACUGGUGCACAAAAACAUUGAAACACCAGUGACCCCAAAUACUGAGACAACUGAUGCAUCCUCACCAACCAGUGACUAUGUCAAGAUCACGGUUGCUAUUAUUGCUGGCACCAUAACUGUCAUCAUUGUUAUUUUCAUUACUGCUGUAGUAAGAUGCUGCCAAUCACCACACCUUAAGACUGCUCAUAAAAACAAGCAGAAUUCCGAAUGGGUUACUCCAAAUCCAGAAAACAAACAGAUGAUAAUGAUGAUGAUGAAGAAGAAGAGGAAGAGGAAGAACAAGAAGAAGAAGAAGAAGAAGAAGAAGAAGAAGAAGAAGAAGAAUGCCCCUAAGAACUUGCUGCUUAACUUUGUCACUAUUGAAGAAACUAAGGCAGAUGAUUCUGAGAAUGAUGGAAACAGUGCCACACUAGACUUUCCCAUUCAACUGGAAGAACAAACCAUGGGCAAGUACAAUUGGGGCACUAUACCUACUACCUUCAAGCCUGACAUCCCUGAUUUGGCCCGGCAUUACAAAUCUGCCUCUCCACAGCCUGCCUUCCAGAUCCAGCCUGAAACUCCCCUGAAUUUGAAGCAUCACAUCAUCCAGGAACUGCCUCUUGAUAACACUUCUGUGGCUUGUGAUUCCAUCUCCAAGUGUUCCUCCAGCAGUUCUGAUCCUUACAGUGUUUCUGAAUACAGCUAUUCAGUGACAACUUUCAAGACUCCUGCGUCUAUACACACCAGACCGACUGAUUCCAGGAUAUCAACUAUUGAAAUCUGCAGUGAGAUAUAACUUUAUUGGAACAACAUAAUUCCAUUCCUCUUCCAAAAAACUCCAAUAAUUUAUGGUUUCAAAAUUGGCCAAGAUCAUUGAUUUUGUAAUCUGAAUUUCCCAUUAUUAAAGGCAAGCAAAACAAAGAUAUUGUAAAAAUGAUGUUCCAAUGAACCUUAUGCUUACUUUAACUGUAAUCUUGCCAUAAAAAUUUAAAAUUUGUGGAAGCAACAGUGCAGUGAUAAAAGUUUUAUCAAGGUGUUUCUCCAUUUACUUACUCUAAAUGUCAACAGCAAUAAUGUAAUACAAUGCUGUUUUGUAGAAACUGAUGGCUAAUGUAUCAUGAAACAUGGAAUUACUUGCCCUAUCUGAAAGGAAAGGUAUCCAGGGCAA